AAAAUCCAUGCAUCUCUUUCUUUUCCAAGAAGUCUUAUCCCCAUUUUAUCUCAAUCUUCGUCAUCUUGUUGUUGUACUUAUAUACACACCUACCUCAUUUACCCCCAUCCAGAAAAACCCUUCAGCCAAAACGAAAAGAAACUCCCUUGUUCAUGUUUCCAUGUUUAUCAGAGCCUUUUUCGAUUCCCAACUUUGACCUGCUGUGUUAUUUUAUGAAGCUAACUCCAUUGAAGAUUUGAAGUCGACUGUUUUACGAUGUUUCUAGACUUUUAAUUCGACAUUAGACACCCACCCCAGGUGGAUCAAAUUUGAUAUGAUAUGAUGAGUGUUCUUGUUUGGAAUCUUGUUGUUACACUGUUACUAAAUUUGGGGGUUUUCCUUACAAAUGGUUUGACAUCACAUAAUGCAUCUACAAGACCAGCUGUUGUGAAUAUUGGAGCAAUUUUCACUUUUGAUUCAACAAUUGGAAGAGUUGCUAAAGUUGCAAUUGAAGAAGCUGUUAAAGAUGUUAAUGCCAAUUCAACUGUUCUUCGUGGAUCAGAACUUAGAAUUGAAAUGCGGAGUUCAAAUUGUAGUGGGUUUCUUGGCAUGGUUGGAGCAUUGCAAUUUAUGGAAAGCGAUACGGUUGCAAUCGUGGGGCCACAAUCAUCCGUAGUAGCCCACAUUAUAUCACACGUAGCAAAUGAAUUACAAGUCCCUCUUUUAUCAUUCGCCGCCACGGACCCCACACUAUCCAACCUCCAAUUCCCAUAUUUCAUAAGAUCAACACAAAGUGACUUACACCAAAUGACAGCUGUAUCCGAAAUCAUAGACUACUACACUUGGAGAGAAGUCAUUGCAAUUUACAUAGACGAUGAUUAUGGAAGGAACGGAGUGUUAGCAUUAGAUGAUGCCUUAGCUGCAAGACGUUGUAGAAUAUCAUACAAAGCCGGAAUCCCACCAGGGUCGGAAUCGGAAUUGGGAUACGGGCGGAGUGAAAUCAUGGAUAUUCUUGUGAAAAUUGCAUUAAUGGAAUCGCGAGUGAUUGUUCUUCACGUGUAUCCGGAUAUUGGAUUCUUGAUUUUUUCGGUUGCGCGUUAUCUUGGAAUGAUGGAAGAUGGGUACGUUUGGAUUGCUACCGAUUGGCUUUCGUCUGCUUUAGAUUCAAAUUUUCCAAAUUUAUCAGAUAAAAUGGACGACAUGCAAGGGGUUCUUGCUCUACGCCAACACACCCCCGGUUCUAAAUCUUUUACGGAAAAUUUUAAAAAAUUAUCGGGUGGUUCUUUUGGGCUAAAUUCUUAUGGUUUAUACGCGUAUGAUUCCGUUUGGAUUAUAGCUCAUGCUCUUGAUGCGUUCUUUGAUCAAGGCGGUGUUAUUUCUUUUUCAAAUGAUUCAAGAUUAAGUAACGCGGGUCUUGCGGAUCUUCAUCUUGAUGCGAUGAGCAUCUUUAAUGGAGGAAAAUUACUUUUGGAUAAUAUAUUGAAUAGUGAUUUUAUUGGUUUAACCGGACAUAUAAAGUUUGAUUCGGAUCGAAGUCUUGUCAACCCCGCAUACGAUAUUCUUAACAUAAUCGGAACCGGAUUUCGAACAGUUGGAUAUUGGUCAAAUAGUUCCGGUUUGUCAACUUUGACUCCCGAGAAUCUUGACUUGAAAAAAGUCAAUGGAUCACAUAAUCAAGAACUUCAUAGUGUGAUUUGGCCUGGGGAGAUAGUGACAAAACCACGGGGGUGGGUUUUCCCGAAUAAUGGAAAGUUGUUGAAAAUUGCAGUUCCGAUUAGGGUUAGUUAUAAGGAAUUUGUUUCACAAUUGCCGGGGAGUAAUUCUUCGAAAGGUUUUUGUAUCGACGUGUUUGUUUCUGCGGUUAAUUUGUUACCGUAUGCAGUUCCAUAUCAAUUUGUGCCAUUUGGGAAUGGGAAAGAAAAUCCAAGUUAUACCGAGCUUGUGAGAUUGAUCGCAGCAGGGGUAUUUGAUGGUGCGGUUGGUGAUAUUGCAAUAGUCACAAACCGAACAAGAAUUGUGGAUUUCACACAACCAUAUGCUGCAUCAGGGCUUGUUGUAGUGGCUCCAUUCAAGAAAAUGAACACGGGUGCUUGGGCUUUUUUGCGCCCGUUUUCUCCGACAUUGUGGGCUGUCACUGCUUUUUUCUUUCUUGUGGUUGGCACUGUGGUUUGGAUUUUAGAGCAUCGGAUAAAUGAUGAGUUUAGAGGGACACCUAAAAGACAGAUCAUAACCAUUCUAUGGUUUAGCCUUUCUACUCUCUUUUUUGCACAUAGGGAGAACACCGCAAGUACUCUCGGACGUAUAGUUUUACUCAUAUGGCUGUUUGUAGUUCUAAUAAUCAAUUCGAGUUACACCGCAAGUUUGACUUCGAUUCUCACAGUCCAACAGUUAUCUUCUCCAAUCAAAGGCAUCGAUACCUUGAAAAAAACUAACGAUCGAAUUGGAUACCAAGUGGGGUCUUUUGCAGAACGAUAUUUGGUUGAUGAGAUCGGAAUUUCUGAAUCCAGACUUGUUCCUCUUGGAACGCCUGAUGCUUACGCUGAUGCACUCCUAAAAGGCUCCGACAAGGGUGGGGUGGCGGCCAUUGUUGAUGAACGACCAUACGUUGAGCUUUUCUUAUCGAAUCAGUGCAAAUUUAGGGUUGUUGGGCGCGAGUUCACCAAGAGCGGAUGGGGAUUUGCAUUCCCCCGUGACUCUCCAUUAGCAGUCGACUUAUCAACCGCAAUCCUCACACUAUCAGAAAACGGAGACCUUCAACGGAUCCAUGACAAAUGGCUAAUAAGAAGCGGAUGUAGCACCGAUAAUUCAGAGCUUGAAUCAGACAGAUUACACCUUAAAAGUUUCUGGGGUCUCUUUCUUAUCUGUGGUAUCGCGUGUUUCGUUGCCCUUUUUAUUUACUUUUGUCAAGUUUUCCGGCGGUUUCGUAACAUUGCCCGGGCGGCACCGGAUUCCGGUGGGGCCGGGUCGAGGCGGCUUCAGACAUUGUUAUCGCUUAUUGAUGAAAAGAAAGAUCCGAGAGAUAAGAAGAGGCAGAAAGUUGAGAGGUCGAUAUCGAAUGAGAGUAGAGAUUGUGAGAUUGGGCAGGAUUCAGAACGAAGAUAAACUGAUUCGAAUACGCGGUUUAUGGGUAUUUUUUGAACGUGUAACUAAAUUUUAUGAAAUUAAUUGAAAUUUAGAAUGCUAAACUGCUAAUGAGUAUAAGUUGUAUAUAUAUUUUUAAAGUCAAUAUUGAAAGUUAUAUCGAAGUUAUGUGGUAGUA